GCUCUUACGUCGAAGAUCCGGGAGUAUAUGUCUGACACAAGUAUAUGCUUUGAAAAUAUGGCGCAGUUUAAAAGACUAGCUGAUUCUAUGAACUAUAAUGGACCAAUUAUUGCGAUGACUGAUAAUACUAAACUUCAUCCUCGUCUUGGCUAUUCCACAAAUCUUGGAUAUAUUGUUGGUUCUAUUUUUUCAUAUGAUCAAACUCGGGUUGAAGAUUACGACGAAGUAGAAACAAUUAUUCAAAAUAUAAUUUCAAAUAAUGCGAUUGCAAAGCAAGUUCGUUUAUAUUUGCUUCAA